ACUGGAAAAAUUUCGCGUAUAAAUAGCUGGUUGGCGAGCAGGGAGGGGCUGGAGAGAGUGCGAGGAAGGAAGAAAGGUGAGUUCUUUUCGGCAGGGGGAGUGGGGUCGGUCGCCUCCAUGGCGGAGAAGGAGGGAGGCCUCGACGCCGUCCUCAAGGAGUCGGUCGACUUGGAGAACAUCCCGAUUGAAGAAGUAUUCCAGAAUUUGAGAUGCAGCCGACAUGGGCUCACAUCCGAGGAGGCGAAGCUACGCCUGGAACUUUUUGGUCCGAACAAGCUCGAGGAGAAGGAGGAGAGCAAAUUCCUGAAGUUCUUGGGGUUCAUGUGGAAUCCGCUGUCAUGGGUCAUGGAGGCUGCAGCUAUCAUGGCCAUUGCAUUAGCCAACGGUGGGGGGAAGCCGCCUGAUUGGCAGGACUUUGUUGGUAUCAUCACACUGCUACUUAUCAACUCAACUAUCAGUUUCAUUGAGGAAAACAAUGCUGGCAAUGCUGCUGCUGCACUCAUGGCGCGUCUUGCGCCAAAAGCCAAGGUGCUCCGUGAUGGACGUUGGACUGAGGAAGAGGCAGCCAUCCUUGUGCCUGGGGACAUCGUCAGUAUUAAGCUUGGAGAUAUCAUUCCUGCAGAUGCUCGCCUCCUGGAAGGAGAUCCUUUGAAGAUUGAUCAGUCUGCCCUCACUGGGGAGUCAUUACCAGCCACCAAAGGUCCUGGUGAUGGUGUCUACUCUGGUUCAACAGUUAAGCAGGGUGAGAUUGAAGCAGUUGUGAUAGCAACUGGUGUGCACACUUUCUUUGGAAAGGCUGCACAUCUUGUUGAUUCCACCAAUCAAGUUGGCCAUUUCCAAAAGGUUUUAACAGCUAUCGGGAAUUUUUGCAUUUGCUCAAUUGCUGUGGGGAUGUUUGUUGAGAUUAUUGUCAUGUACCCUAUCCAGCACAGGGCAUACCGCCCUGGGAUUGAUAACCUAUUGGUGCUUCUCAUUGGAGGCAUUCCUAUAGCAAUGCCCACAGUCUUAUCUGUAACCAUGGCAAUAGGGUCUCAUCGCUUGUCUCAGCAGGGAGCUAUAACAAAGAGAAUGACGGCAAUUGAAGAGAUGGCUGGCAUGGAUGUUCUUUGCAGCGACAAAACAGGAACACUGACUUUAAAUAAGCUCACAGUGGACAAGAACCUCAUUGAGGUUUUUGAAAGAGGGAUCACUCAAGACCAAGUAAUUCUGAUGGCUGCUAGAGCAUCCCGAAUAGAAAAUCAAGAUGCCAUUGAUACUGCAAUAGUUGGGAUGCUUGCUGAUCCACAAGAGGCACGUGCUGGUAUUCAAGAGGUUCACUUCCUUCCAUUCAAUCCUACCGACAAGAGAACCGCAUUGACAUAUAUUGACAAUGAUGGGAAGAUGUACCGUGUUAGUAAAGGUGCGCCAGAGCAGAUCCUCAACCUGGCACACAACAAGACACAGAUAGAACGAAGAGUCCAUGCUGUAAUUGAUAAAUUUGCAGAUCGUGGACUUCGGUCUCUUGCUGUAGCAUAUCAGGAGGUGCCAGAUAGAAGGAAAGAGAGUCCUGGUGGGCCAUGGCACUUUGUUGCUCUCAUGCCACUGUUUGAUCCUCCAAGGCAUGAUAGCGCAGAAACAAUUCGAAGGGCACUUAACCUUGGUGUGAGUGUGAAGAUGAUCACAGGUGACCAACUAGCGAUAGGGAAGGAAACAGGGCGUCGCCUAGGAAUGGGUACAAACAUGUACCCUUCAUCUGCUUUGUUGGGACAAAACAAGGAUGAGUCCGCUGCUGCUUUACCAGUUGAUGAUCUAAUUGAGAAAGCUGAUGGUUUUGCUGGCGUUUUCCCAGAGCACAAGUAUGAGAUUGUAAAACGUCUGCAAGCACGGAAGCACAUCUGUGGAAUGACUGGUGAUGGUGUAAACGAUGCUCCAGCCCUAAAGAAAGCUGAUAUUGGUAUAGCAGUGGCUGAUGCGACUGAUGCUGCAAGGAGUGCAUCUGACAUUGUGCUGACAGAACCUGGCUUGAGUGUGAUUAUUAGUGCUGUUCUUACCAGCCGGGCAAUUUUCCAGCGGAUGAAGAAUUACACUAUAUAUGCUGUCUCAAUUACAAUACGUAUUGUGCUUGGGUUUAUGCUGCUUGCUCUUAUAUGGGAGUUUGAUUUCCCACCAUUUAUGGUUCUGAUCAUUGCAAUUCUGAAUGAUGGUACAAUAAUGACUAUAUCUAAGGAUCGAGUAAAGCCUUCUCCACUACCAGACAGCUGGAAGUUGGCUGAAAUUUUCACAACUGGAGUUGUCCUUGGUGGAUACUUGGCAAUGAUGACUGUUGUAUUCUUCUGGGUUGCGUACAAGACUAACUUUUUCCCUAGGAUCUUUCACGUCGAAAGCCUCGAAAAGACAGCACAUGAUGACUACCAAAAGCUUGCUUCUGCUGUAUAUCUUCAAGUUAGCACCAUCAGCCAAGCUCUUAUCUUCGUCACAAGGUCUCGCAGCUGGUCAUUUAUUGAACGCCCUGGCUUUCUACUAGUCUUUGCUUUCUUGGUUGCACAGCUGAUAGCUACACUGAUCGCUGUUUAUGCUAACUGGGCAUUCACUUCAAUCAAAGGCAUUGGAUGGGGCUGGGCUGGUAUCGUGUGGCUCUACAAUCUAGUUUUCUACUUUCCGCUCGAUAUCAUCAAGUUCCUCAUCCGAUACGCUCUGAGUGGGAAAGCAUGGGAUCUUGUCAUUGAGCAGAGAAUUGCAUUUACAAGGAAGAAGGACUUUGGAAAGGAAGAGAGGGAACUCAAGUGGGCACAUGCACAAAGGACACUCCAUGGCCUGCAGCCACCAGAUGUUAAGCUGUUCCCUGAGAAGACUGGCUACAGCGAGCUGAAUCAGAUGGCGGAAGAGGCGAAACGGAGGGCCGAGAUUGCAAGGCUUAGAGAGCUUCACACACUGAAGGGGCAUGUGGAGUCUGUUGUGAAGCUGAAGGGCCUGGACAUUGAUACCAUUCACCAGUCCUACACAGUGUGAUAAUAAGAACACUAACAAGAGUAUCUAAGAGUUGCUGCGGGGGGAAACUGUUUCAUCAACUACUAAUGGGUAGUUUUAUCUCCUCUCAGCUAACAUAAAUGUAAUCAUCAACAGCUCACAUAGUUUAUAAAUCAAAUCAUCAAAGGGGAUUGUUGAUAUUA